AUGGUGCCUCCCCCUCCCACCAACCAGCCCCAUGUCUGCCUGUCCACCCUGCUGAUCAUGAGCAGUAUGGCCCUGAUCGAUGCCUAUCUGGUGGAACAGAACCACGGGCCCAGGAAGAUAGGUAUCUGCAUCAUGGUGAUGGUAGGGGACCUGUGCUUCCUCAUCGUGUUGCGGUACGUGGCGGUUUGGGUCGGGGCCGAGGUGCGGACCGCCAAGCGAGGUUACGCCAUGAUACUCUGGUUCCUCUAUAUCUUUGUCCUGGAGAUCAAGGUGUACUUUGUGUACCAGAACUACAAGGCUGACAGGAAGUCUCUGGAUGCUAUGGCCCGUAAGGCCCUGACCCUACUCCUCUCAGUCUGUGUCCCAGUGCUGUUUGUAGGUCUAGUGGCCAUAGACCAUAUGGAGUACGUACAGCCGUUCAAGAAGAAAGAGGAGCUCCGUAACAGGUUGUUCUGGGUCGUGGUGGACCUGCUAGAUAUCCUGGAUAUUCAGGCUAAUCUCUGGGAACCCCUGAAGAAAGGUCUCCCUCUGUGGGCCGAAGGACUUAUGUUCUUCUAUUGUUACAUUCUGUUGCUAGUCCUUCCCUGUGUCUCUCUUAGUGAGAUCUCCAUGCAGGGCAUCAAUAUAGUCCCACACAAGAUGAUGCUAUAUCCUAUCCUCAGCCUGGUCACCAUUAAUAUUUUAACCUUGUUGAUCAGAGGCUGUAACAUGCUGCUGUAUAGAGAUGCCCGGGUCAGUGGGAUCCUGAUAGGGAAGAAUGUGUUAGCUAUCAUACUAAAGACCUGUAGCUUCAUCCAGUACAGGAGGCAGUUACAGAACACUCCUCCUGUGUUCGGGUUGGAACGACAGAGGAACUCUGUACCACAUCACCAUGGUAACCAGGGUCUUGGACGCCCUGUUUCUAUUGUGAUGACCGCUCACCCGCAGGUGGGCCUCCCGGACCAGACAGCCCUGCCCCUCCCUCUGCCAGAGGUCACAACUACAUGUCAACAUACAUGACUGAGACCAGGAUCAUACCAUGUAUGUAUGACCCUCAGGAUAUUAUACACGGGACACACAGGAACAUCUGACUCUGACCAAAAUCUACAUGGAUGUACCAAUAUCAUGUUUGACCGUCAGGACUCUACAGGGCAAUGGUCAACAUCAUGUGAAAAACCUUGUAUGGAUAUUGUCACUGAUCAGCGGGACACAGGAUCCUUAUGGAGUAUAGAGCAGAGACAUGGAGAAUGUUUAUGAAGAACCUUGAUACAAAGAAGAUUAUAAUACCAAUCUGUAUAUUAUCAUUGGAACACAGUGGACACUCUCCUUUUGGAUAAUAUGGUGACAUGGACAACACCUUCUGGUGUAAAGAACAGGAUCUCCAGACUCUGUUAAAGACAACACCUAUUGGUGUAAAGAACAGGAUCUCCGGACUCUGUUAAAGACAACACCUUCUGGUGUAAAGAACAGGAUCUCUGGACUCUGUU